UGCCCAACCCGACCCCCGAGGGGAUGCGACCCCCCGAGGAGCUGCUGGAGCUGGCCCGGGACUUCAUCACCCAGUACUACGUGUCCCUGCGGCGGGAGAACUCCCCGGCACACACGCAGCGGCUGCGGGAGGUGGCUGCGGAGAUCGAGGCCUCGGGCUCGUACCGGCUGCGGGAGCCCGAGCUGGCCUUCGGGGCCAAGCAGGCGUGGCGGAACGCGGCUCGCUGCGUCGGCCGCAUCCAGUGGAACAAGCUCCAGGUGUUCGACGCCCGGGACUGCGCAGGGGUGGGGGAGAUGUUCAGCCUCCUCUGCUCCCACAUCCAGUUCGCCACCAACCGCGGCAACAUCCGGUCUGCCAUCACCAUCUUCCCGCCGCGGGCACCGGGACGGGGUGAUUUCCGCAUCUGGAACCCGCAGCUGAUCCGCUAUGCUGGGUACCGGCAGCCCGACGGCUCCGUGAGGGGCGACCCCGCCAAUGUGGACAUCACCGAGCUCUGCAUCCAGCACGGCUGGACCCCCGGGGGGGGCCGCUUCGACGUGCUGCCGCUGCUGCUGCAGGGCCCCGACGAGUCCCCCGAGCUCUUCCCGCUCCCCCCGGAGCUGGUCCUCGAGGUGCCGCUCCAGCACCCCACGCUGGAGUGGUUCUCGGAGCUGGGGCUGCGCUGGCACGCGCUGCCAGCCGUGGCCAACCUGCUGCUGGAGAUCGGGGGGCUCGAGUUCCCCGCGGCCCCGUUCAACGGCUGGUACAUGGGCACCGAGAUCGGCUCCCGCAACCUCUGCGACCGCCACCGCUACAACGUGCUGCCCGAGGUGGCCCAGCGCAUGGGGCUGGACACGGGGACCAGCUCUUCCCUCUGGAAGGACCGGGCGGCCGUGGAGGUGAACGUGGCCGUGCUGCACAGCUUCCAGGUGGCCCAGGUGACCAUUGUGGACCACCACGCGGCCACCGAGUCGUUCGUGAAGCACCUGGCAGCGGAGGGGCGGGCACGGGGGGGGUGUCCCGCGGACUGGGCCUGGAUCGUGCCCCCCCUCUCGGGCAGCCUCACCCCCGUCUUCCACCAGGAGAUGGUCAACUACCAGCUGCGGCCCACCUUCCGCUACCAGCCCGAUGCCUGGAAGGUUUAUGUGUCCAAAGGCACCACCGUCACACGGAGAAAGACCUUCAAGGAAGUGGCCAAUGCCGUCAAGAUCUCGGCCAAGCUGAUGGGGCAGGUGAUGGCGCGGAGGGUGAAGGCCACCAUCCUCUACGCCACCGAGACCGGGAAAUCCCGGACUUACGCUUGGAAUCUGUGCCAGCUCUUCCGACGAGCGUUUGAUCCCAAGGUGCUGUGCAUGGACGAGUAUGACGUGGUGGCCCUGGAGCACGAGACCCUGGUCCUGGUGGUCACCAGCACGUUUGGGAACGGGGACCCUCCGGAAUGUGCCGAGAGCUUCUCCAAGGCACUGAUGGAGAUGACAUCGCCGUACACCGGCACCUCCCAGGCUGAGCCGCCCAUGAGCUACAAGCUGCGGUUCAACAGUGUCUCCCAGUCCGACCAGCUCGUGGCCUCCUGGAAGAAGAAGCGUCGGCAGCUGAGCAACACGGACAGCGCCGGGACCCUGGGAGCGCUGCGGUUCGCGGUGUUCGGGUUGGGGUCCCGGGCGUACCCCCAUUUCUGCGCCUUCGCACGGGCCGUGGACACGCGGCUGGAGGAGCUGGGGGGGGAGCGGGUGCUGCCCCUGGGCGAGGGCGAUGAGCUGUGUGCCCAGGAGGAGUCGUUCCGCACCUGGGCACGCCAGGUGUUCCAGGCUGCCUGUGAGACCUUCUGCGUGGGGGACGGGCCGGGGGGGGCCGAGGAGCUGUUUGCCCCCCCGCAGGGCUGGAAGCGCCAGAGGCACCGGCUGGUGCCACAGCCCCAGGCCACCGAGACCCUGGCUGUGGGAAAGGGACAGGACAGGACUGAGCAUCCCUAUCCCCCCCACCCCGCAGGCAGGUCCCCCCCCGGACCACGCUGGGUGCUGCAGCCGCGGCUGCCCCCCUGCACCCUGGCCCAGGCUCUCACCUUCUACCUGGACGUGGCGGCCCCCCCGACCCCGCAGUUCCUGCAGCUCCUGGGCUCGCUGGCGCGGGACCCCGCGGAGCGGGAGCGGCUCCAGCGCCUGGCGCAGGACGCGCGGCUGUACGAGGAGUGGAAGUGGUUCCGGUGCCCGACGUUGCCGGAGGUGCUGGCCGAGUUCCCGUCCGUGGCUCUGCCGGCCGCGCUGCUGCUCUCCCAGCUCCCGCUGCUCCAGCCCCGCUACUAUUCCAUCAGCUCCGCGCCCGGCGCCCACCCGGGCGAGAUCCACCUCACCGUGGCCGUCGUCACCUACCACAGCGAGAACGGGCAGGGCCCUCUCCACUACGGCGUCUGCUCCACGUGGCUGGCGCGGCUGCAGCCGGGGGACACGGUGCCCGCCUUCAUCCGGGGGGCCCCCUCGUUCCGGCUGCCGCCCGCCCCCGACACCCCCUGCAUCCUCGUGGGCCCCGGCACCGGCGUCGCGCCUUUCCGGAGCUUCUGGCAACACCGGCUGCACCUCCUGCACACCGAGGGUGUCUCCCUGGGCCCCAUGGUGCUGGUGUUCGGGUGCCGCUCGUCUGCCCUGGACCACAUCUACUGCGAGGAGAUGGAGCAGGCGCAGGAGCAGGGGGCCCUCAGCCAGGUGCUCACGGCCUUCUCCCGCCAGCCCGGGACCCCCAAGACCUACGUGCAGGACGUGCUGCGGGCACAGCUGGCGGCCGAGGUGCACCAGGUGCUGUGCCAGCGCGGGGGCCACAUGUACGUGUGCGGGGACGUCACCAUGGCCACCGAGGUGCUGCAGACCGUGCAGCACAUCCUGGCCCAGGAGGGAGACAUGACGCUGGGGCAGGCGGGGGACGUCAUCAGCGAGCUGAGGGACAAGAACCGCUACCACGAGGACAUCUUCGGGCUGACGUUCCGCACGCAGGAGGUGGCCCUGCGCAUCCGCAGCCAGUCCUUCUCCCUGCAGGAGCAGCGCCCGCCGGGCCCGGCGCCCUGA